AUGAAAUUCAUUACUGUAUUCGCCGCUAUCCUGUCGGUGGCCUUCGGCUACCAGACUACCUGGACCGUGCAUGAGCUCUCCAAUGCCAUCCAGAGCCCGUACACUUCUGCCGCGGUCCUGCCCUACCUUGAGACAGCUCUCAACCAAAUGAUGGCUGCUCUUCACGCAGGAGAACAAAUUGAAGCUGUACCCGUUACCAUUCCCGCUUUGGACCUCACCGCAAUGACCAUUCCCGACCUGUCUAAUGCUCUGCAGGACCCUAAAACUGAACCCGCUAUGAUUCCUUACCUUGGCCAGGCGCUCAACGAGGUCGUCACCGCCGUCCUGACUGGACAAAGCCAGGUUGCCACCCCAGUGAUUAUCCCUGCUAUGGAAGUCUCCCUCUGGACCCUGGACGAGAUCUCUGCUGCUCUUGAGAGCCCCGUAACUAACCCUGUUCUGGUUCCUUACCUGGAGAAUGCCCUCAACGUGAUCAUGGACGCCAUGUUCGCAGGACACCAAGUGACUUCAGUUUGUGUUACCAUCCCUGUUGGUGUACCCCUAGAGGUCCCCGUUGAGAUCCCAGUCCAGCCCGUAGACGUACCCACCCUUCCCAUUGAAGAGGCUCCUGCUGCCCCCAGUGCUCCUUCUAGCGCUCUAGUCCAAAUCAUCAUCAACGUUAACACCGAAGCCGCCGUUGCUCCUUCCCCCGUUGAGGUUCCUGUCAAGCCCGAACCAGUCAUUGUUGUUGAGAAGCCCAUUAUCACUCCCGAACCGGUCAUUGUUGUUGAAGGUCCACCCGCGGUGUCCCCAGUGAUCGUCGCUAGCCCCGAAAUCUAA